CUGAUUGCAGAUCAAGAUGUAGAGCUCUCUGCUACCUCUCCAGCACCAUGUCUGCCUGUGUGCUGCCAUGCUUCCCUCCAUGGUGAUAAUGGACUAAACCUCUGAACUGUUAAGCCAGCCCCAAUUAAAUAUUUUCCUUUAGAAGAAAGUUGCCAUGGUCAUGGUGUCUCUUCACAGCAAUAAAAGCCUAACUAAGACACUCUGAUACUAGGAAUUGUGGGGCAUGACCUCUCACCUUUCAGCUGGUGGCAAACAAAGCAAGUGCAGCUGCCAGUAUGGCUAGAGAGCAGCCUAGGACCCAGUGGUGGGAGGAAGGCGACACUGAGCACAGAGUGUCAGAAGAAGCACAAGGUCCAACAUGCCUUCAAGAUGGAUUGGGACUGAGGCCACUGGGUUUGGGAGAAGCCACCAAGGAUAUGAGGGCACAGAGGGUCAGUAAAACCCAUGAGCCCUUCAGUUUAACUUCUGUUUCUUCUGGAGGUGAUAUGACCCAGAAUCUGCAUGGCCACAAUCACAGCCUCUGCUCCUUCAGGCUGUGUUUAACUUUGGCCCCUAGUUUAACUUUGCUUAGCAUUCACAUGUUAGAGACAAUAUCAAAAUGUCCUAAGACAGAGUGAGCCAUUGUUGUGUGAUAAUAUUCCUGGGAAGACACAAUACUGUAAGGGAAUUGUAUUGGCUCAGGACCCCCAAGACCAAGUUCUCAGCACAAAGGAGAUUUAUUUGCCCCAGAGGGACAGAGGGCAGGGAGUAAGAGACAAAGACAGGAGAUAGAGGAUGAGGGAGAAGGGGAAGGGAACAAGGGAGAGGGGGCAGGGAUACCUGUCCCAGAGUGGGACAAAGGACUGCCUCUGGGUAGAGAGGAGACAGACAUGGCACAUAGGAAAAUGGUGUUUACAAAGGUACCGGGGGAACCCCAAAUUAGGAUGAGGUGUUUCAUUUUAAUUGGGCAUGUUAAUUAGGUGAGCCAAAGGGGGCUUCUGAUUACUGGACUUCAAUACUUUGAUAGCUGGGCCUUGGUAGUCAGCCUGAGGAGAAGUGGCCAAAUAAGGGAAUAGACCUUGGUGGCUAGCUUUAGAAUGUAAUCGAAUGGUGUUUUAGCAAGGCAGAGGGAAUGGGGGAAGGGCAAUGCCUUCCAGAGCCAUGUUUGUCAUGCUCAGACUGGCUAGAGUCCCUUCAAAUACACACACACACACACACACACACACACACACACACACACACACACACGCCUACUUACCACAGACAGAGCUGAAAACAGGCCAAAGUACAGACACCAUUCAAAGUCCAGCUUAGUGAACCAAUGAGUUUUAUUGGGUCACGUACAGAAAUAUUGGUGAAUGGUUACUUACAGGAGCAGGAAUGGUUCAAAAACAGCUGCAUCAUCAAAACCCACCCCAUCGUGGGUGACAGAUCACAAAAACAGGAAAACCUGAGUGAAUUGCAUACCAAUACUUCAACAGGCUGCAGAGUAUUCUUUCCAAAUGGCUCAGUAGGUCUGAAUCUCUUCUAGGUAAUUUGACUGAUCUCCACUUCUCUCAGGUAGUUCAACUUGUCCUCGAGUCUCCCAACAGUCUACUUAUUGCUCAUAUAUUCUUAUAUGCUUGAGGAGGAAGCAUAGUCAAUCUAGUCAGUUUCAGGGACUUCCUGAAGUUCUUGAGUUGCUUAAUGCUUGAGUUUAAGAAGCUUCCAGCAAGCCGAGUAUUUCUCCUCUCCUUGCAGCAUUUCAUUGUUUUGCCUCCCUAUAAACAUCCUGUGUUGGAAACUGCUAUGUAACACCCAUUUUCUCCCGAGCAUCAUGAGAAUGGUUAACCUGGAACCCUAGCUUGAAGAUCCCGAAACAUCACAGCCUCCACCAGGACCUGGGUUGCAGCCUCUGGUUUGCCAUGAAGAAUCUGCAGGCAGCACUUAGAGGCCACCCCUGAGUUUCCAAAACUAGCCUCUCCCUACAUGAGCUUAGACGUUGUGCUGUGCCCUCUCUGCAUCUCUGAGGCCGACCUCCUGCUCAUUGCUGUCUGAGUAGUGCUGACCCUGGUCACUCCUGCCCCCAGUGCACCUCAGAGUGGUGCAGAUUUCACUGUCUGGCCUUUGUCUUACUGGACAGGCCAUAGGCACGCUGCUCUUGCUGAUGUCUCCUCAGCCAAUACUGCACAAGGCCUCUAGGUCCACAACAUUGUGGGCAAACAAGACCCCUUAGUAAUUAAAAAAAAUAUAUAUCUUUUGAACCUGUCCCUAGCUCAGCUAUAUGUCAGGGUUCCUCUUGGGAACCAGCACUGAGUGUUAAUUUCUAGGACAUCUGGUUGACCACAGGCUUCUGCAGCAUGCAGUCUGCACACGGGGGACCCUUGUUUUGCCAAGACCAUCCACAGGUCUCUAUGCACAGCUCCUCUUUCUGACAUGACUGACUCAUGUUUCAAGUGAACAAAGACAAAUAUGGUUUCCCCACCACGGCUGUCAUUUAGCAUCCCAGCUAAAAGCAUAUUCAUAGCCUCACGUGCACCUGGAAUGUGAUGUCUACUGCUUGGAUGGGAUGUGGGUCCUGUAUAACCAGGUCUCUACUAGUACCAGCCACUCCUUCACUCGUGAACCAUCCUUUCCCAAGGUGCCUUGGUCCUGCCUCAGGAGCAUCCCUGCUUCUGUCUGUUCACCCUGACGAGCUGCCCUCACUGCUCAGGAGACCAGCCAUCCUUCUUCUAUUCCUCCUCUAUCUCAGCAUCAUCGCCCUCUGGUCCUUGACACUGCUGUGAGGCUGUCCUGCUUUCCCUUGGCCCCAAAGCUCCCGUGCAACUCCCUCUAAGUAAGAACUCACUGUAGCCUCCUCUCCACCUGUGCAGGGAAUCAUGGGAAGGGACAGCAGGACCUUGCCAAGCCUUCAGGUCACAGUUGCAGGUAGAGGAGGAGGCUUGCUUCCACGGGGACAGCUCCUUGGAGAAGGGUGUCCCUCUGAUUUGCUCUUGCCUGUGAGGCAACCCCUCUGCUAAGAUAUGUGAGAUGGAUGAGUAGUCUUCCAUGCUCUCAGCAGCUCCCAGAGCUCACAUGGUCGUCCCCUGUCCAGGGCCUGUCAUCCCGGAGGCAGCACUUCUGGCCUGAAAAGGCAGUAUAGCAGGUAAAGCCAUGUGAUAGUUGAAGGGGCGGGGCCAGAGGGUACUGCAGACCUCAGGCAUUCAUUGUCCUAGAACAAGUGCAGGCAAGCUUAGACAGGGAGAAACUGGGCCACAAAGGGCUUUGCUGCUGAGCCAAUGGACCUGAACUCUUGUCAAGGACAUGCGAGCUCCAGGUGAGUUGCUGUUGCAUAGAAGGGCUUGGAGAAGGUGUGCUGGCAGGUCUGACUGUCCCUUGUGGAUGCGAAUUUGAGACCCAGAAGUCUCCCCAUGGCUUAUCACAUCCGCCAGUACCAGGAGAGGGACCAUAAACAGGUCCUGGACUUGUUCUCUAGAGGCAUGGAGGAGCACAUCCCCGCCUCCUUCCACCAUGCAUUGAUGCUGCCCCGAACCCUCCUGGUUUUACUUGGGUUACCCAUUGCCCUGGUCCUAGUGUAUGGUUCCUGGCUGCUGGCCGUUAUGUGUGGCUUCCUUCUGCUUCUAUUACUGUGGCUCCUUGCCAGACAGCCCUUGAAGAAGUUUGUGGCCAUGUGUUUACACACAGACCUGGCUGACAUCACCAAGUCCUACCUGAAUGAGCUUGGUUCCUGCUUCUUGGUGGCUGAGACUGAGGACCAGGUGGUGGGCAUGGCGGCUGCUCGGCCAGUCAAGGAUCCCUCAUUAAACAGGAAGCAGCUGCAGCUUUUUCACCUGUCUGUGUCCUCACAGCAUCGAGGACAGGGAAUUGGGAAAGCACUGAUCAGAACUGUCCUCCAGUUUGCACGAGACCAGGGCUACAGCGACGUUGUUCUUCGUACCACUGUGCUGAUGCAUGAUGCUGUGGCCCUCUAUGAGGGCAUGGGUUUUCAGAAGACAGGCAAGUCCUUCUUCAACACAAUAGCGAAGCUACUGACUGUCCCUUCAAUUCAUUUCAGGCUCCUACUCCCUUUGGCUCAGGAACAUGAGCUAUGAUCUUAUUUUCCUAUACAUCUGUCAGCCUUCAGCUCACUGUGCUAUCACAGGCAAACCCCAAUGUUGCAGUGGAUCAUAAAGGCGUAUUUGUCAUGCUUGUUGGAAUCUUGUAUGUCUGAUGGUGGGUAAUGGAGUGCUCCAUUUCCUCCAAAAUCAUCUUCCUGUAGAGGACUGUCAGUGACCGCUAAUGCAGUGGGGUAGUUUCAUGGUCUGACCAGCCUGUGUGGUCCAUGCUGACACUGACUAGACCCAGUCUUGUGGACCAGCAUGACUAAGUAGAGGCCAUGAAUGGAGUGUUUCUGUGGGUCCAGGAAAGGGUGUGAGACUAGAGAGAGUCCAAGAUUUACUGCCCUUGGGAACCAAGGCUAGAGUGGCCGCAGUCCCAAGACAGGAGGGACUCCAGAAACUUAGAUGCUUCAUGCCUGACCUUGCCAUCCUACAUCCUUCAUGGAUGAAUUAAGACAUAGCUGUGUGCUGAUGCUUUCAAGACUGCCAUUUCUGCAACUUCAUCUCUGGCCCUGACACAUAGGUCUGACACUGUCUCACACUGGACAUCCCCGACCCAGAAGGACCACAGCUGUCUGGGUUGUCCUUAGCCAGUCAGCACUGGAGCUACUGCCCACCCUUGGCAUUGUAUCCUGCUCACAGUUGUCUCUGAGGGACCUGAGAAGCAAUUCUCUGCCUUCCUGACAACUGGUCUUGUCACAGGCUCAUGUAUCUUCAUGUUGUUCUUUUGGCAGGUUGUAGAAUGGUUCCAGACCUAAGUGAUGUGUUUUCCAGAAACACAUGCUUCCCUCUGGGACUUCCACAUAGACAACAAACAAACAAAAACCACAACCCUUUCUCCUUAUUAGUUGGCAUUUCCAGUGUUGGAAAGUGCUAUGCAGGCUGUCAGGGUGGAUGGGAGGGCUGUUGAAUCACCUCAGGCAGGUAUUCUUGCUGGUGUGAUAGUGUCAUAGUUGCUAUGGGAACAGACAACUACUUUCUGAAUGGACUUAAGGGUCACUCCAUAGAGAGAUGUAGAUGAAUUUCUAAAUAAAAACCACGGAGCCAGA